CACAAUAUGGCUCUCGUCCUGGCGCUGCGCACGUUCGCCGCAAAGGUUUGCAGCAGCUUUACGGAUGAAGAAGAAGACGCCGUGUGUCCAGAAGGCACGUGAGCAAUACUCUUAUUCAGCCACAUCCCAGCGACACAUCAGCGGGACUGGCUGUCGUUCCGCGCUGCUCGCCUCCACGUGGUCGCCGGAACGGCGGCUAUGUCAGUCAGACCUGUCUAAGCCACUAUGCACACAUGCGCGAACAGCGUGCCUGUGUAACUCUCGGGUCCAUGCCGCGCAGGGCCGGCCUCGACCGCGACGCGCGGGCGGGUCGUGAAGCUCAACAGUCGACGGCUUGAACACAAUGCUCCGCACUGGGUGGCCGUCGCUCAUCCGCGCGAUGCUCCCGAACAGAACGAACUGGCGUUCUAAUAACAACCUGCUCAGCUUGCUUUGCCUCGCUCUGCUGAGGACAGUCUGGUUGGCAACCCGGCUUAUGUACGAAUGCGGGAUGUGUAAUAUCUUCCUCCGACAACGUGCUUGCAACGCAUCUAAUUUAGACAGCUCUGCCGCUUUCAGCCAAAUGGCGUGGACGGUGUACAUCAGCUUCGACACCACGCACGCAUUGAAGAUCUUGAUCUUUUUCGCUGGCGGGGGGCUGGAGUGAAACUACACCUUGUCCAGCUUGUCAAACUCGGCCCUUGCAGCCCCCAGCCGCCUCGCGAGCUCUGCGUCGGAGGCUCCGGAGGAAGACAGCACGCUGCCGAGAAAGACAAUGCUGUCCUUUUGGGUAAUCAUGCUCCCAUCUGGCUUCUCGAUGUCUGUAUCUCCGCCAACGGACAGCAGCUCGAGCUUGCGCCAAUUAUACUUUAGCCCGUAAUUGGCCCCGGCAGCUGCGAUGGCCCGCAUGUAUUCGGAGGCCCGGCCCUGGUCUGCGGUCACAAUUAAAGUGUCGUCCGCGUAGACGAGGUCUCUGACAUUCGAUCCAUCCUGCCCCAUCGUGCGCCUAGCGUCCGUCAUUAGCUUUACGGAUGGUGGGCAGCUAAUGUUCCAAAUAUGGUUACCGCCUCUGCACACAUUCGCUUCAAUAAUACUGAAACACAGACUUGAACACCGAACGUGUUCGACAUGUGGUUUUCGCAAUACGGCCGAGCACCUUGGCCU